AUGGGGCAAUCGGCGGCGGCAGCGGCCUCGAGCCUGGCACCCGGUGGCCUUCUCGGUUUCCAAAUUGGGAGCCCCCACUUAGUGGGACUGGAAACCAAGGGCUCUGCUCUGGCAGCAGGGCACGGGGGUGUGAACCAGCUUGGGGGGGUGUUUGUGAACGGCCGACCCCUACCCGACGUGGUGAGGCAGCGCAUCGUGGAGCUGGCCCACCAGGGUGUGCGGCCCUGUGACAUCUCCCGGCAGCUGCGGGUCAGCCAUGGCUGUGUCAGCAAAAUCCUGGGCAGGUACUACGAGACUGGCAGCAUCAAGCCUGGAGUGAUUGGUGGCUCCAAGCCCAAGGUGGCAACGCCCAAAGUGGUGGACAAGAUUGCUGAAUACAAGCGUCAGAACCCGACUAUGUUCGCCUGGGAGAUCCGUGACCGGCUGCUAGCUGAGGGCAUCUGCGACAAUGACACAGUUCCCAGCGUCUCAUCCAUCAACAGGAUCAUUCGGACCAAAGUUCAGCAGCCUUUCCACCCAACACCGGAUGGCGCAGGGACAGGAGUGACUGCCCCUGGCCACACCAUCGUUCCCAGCACGGCCUCCCCUCCUGUUUCCAGCGCCUCUAAUGACCCAGUGGGUUCCUACUCCAUCAAUGGGAUCCUGGGGAUUCCUCGCUCCAAUGGUGAGAAGAGGAAACGUGAUGAAGUUGAGGUAUACACUGAUCCUGUCCACAUUAGAGGAGGUGGAGGUUUGCAUCUGGUCUGGACUCUGAGAGAUGUGUCCGAGGGCUCUGUCCCCAAUGGAGACUCCCAGAGUGGUGUGGACAGUUUACGGAAGCACCUUCGAGCCGAUACCUUCACCCAGCAGCAGCUGGAAGCUUUGGAUCGAGUCUUCGAACGUCCUUCCUAUCCUGAUGUCUUCCAGGCAUCCGAGCACAUCAAAUCAGAACAGGGGAAUGAAUACUCUCUCCCGGCCCUGACCCCUGGACUUGAUGAAGUCAAGUCAGGUCUAUCUGCAUCUACCAACCCUGAGCUGGGCAGCAAUGUGUCAGGCACACAGACGUACCCCGUCGUGACUGGUCGUGAUAUGGCGAGCACCACUCUACCUGGUUACCCCCCUCAUGUGCCCCCCACUGGCCAGGGAAGCUACCCUACCUCCACCCUGGCAGGAAUGGUGCCUGGGAGCGAGUUCUCAGGCAACCCAUACAGCCAUCCCCAGUACACCGCCUACAACGAGGCUUGGAGAUUCAGCAACCCCGCCUUACUAA